AUGACAGUGACCUACACCAACCGCGUGGCUGAUGCCCGCCUGGGCACCUUCUCCCAGCUCCUGCUCCAAUGGAAAGGCAGCAUCUACAAACUGCUCUACUCAGAGUUCCUCAUCUUCAUCUCGCUCUACUUCACCAUCAGCCUUGUCUACAGGCUGAUCCUGAGCGAGAGCCAAAGGCUGAUGUUCGAGAAGCUGGCGCUGUACUGCAACAGCUACGCCGAGCUAAUCCCCGUGUCCUUCGUGCUGGGUUUCUAUGUGGCCCUGGUGGUGUCCCGCUGGUGGGCCCAGUAUGAGAGCAUCCCAUGGCCAGACCGGAUCAUGAACCUGGUGUCCUGCAAUGUGGAUGGGGAGGACGAGUACGGGAGGCUCCUGCGCCGCACCCUGAUGCGCUACAGCAACCUGGUCAGUGUGCUGAUCCUGCGCUCCGUCAGCACUGCUGUCUACAAGCGCUUCCCCAGCAUGGAGCACGUCGUGAGGGCAGGUCUCAUGACACCAGAAGAGCACAAGAAGUUUGAGAGCUUGAAUUCCCCCCACAACAAGUUCUGGAUUCCGUGCGUGUGGUUCUCCAACCUGGCUGUGAAGGCGAGGAAUGAUGGGAGGAUCAGGGACAGCGUGCUGCUCCAAGGCAUCCUGAAUGAGCUCAACACCUUGCGCAGCCAGUGUGGGAAGCUCUACGGAUACGACUGGAUCAGCAUCCCCCUGGUCUACACCCAGGUGGUGACCGUGGCUGUUUACAGCUUCUUCCUGGCCUGUCUGAUUGGGAGGCAAUUCCUGGAUCCAGAGAAAGCAUACCCUGGCCAUGAGCUGGAUCUCUUUGUGCCUGUCUUUACAUUUUUGCAAUUCUUCUUCUAUGCUGGCUGGUUAAAGGUGGCUGAGCAGCUCAUCAACCCUUUUGGGGAGGACGACGAUGACUUUGAAGCCAACUGGCUCAUUGACAGGAACCUGCAGGUCUCCCUCAUGGCAGUGGAUGAGAUGCACCAGGAUUUACCCAUUCUGGAGAAGGAUCUGUACUGGAAUGAGCCUGACCCCCAGCCACCCUACACUGCUGCCACCGCUGAGUACAAGCGCCCGUCCUUCCUGGGCUCCACUUUUGACAUCAGCAUGCAGAAGGAAGAGAUGGAGUUCCAGCCCCUGGAGCAGAUUAAAGAGAAUGAGGAGGCCAACCACUCCACUCCCUUGUUGGGACACCUGGGCCGCCUCCUGGGUGUCCAGUCCCCAAACUUCUCCAGGUCCUCUUCCCGGAUGAACCUGCUGCGCCGGCGAGGAGAUCCUGCAUCGCCCUUCUCCCAUUAUACCUACCAAGACAUGGGGAAGGCUGGAAGCCCUUGUGGCAUCAAUCAGCCAAGGGGAGACUCCCAGGAGCAGUGGGACAGUGAAGAGGGAAAGCUAAGGGAGUUUGAUGCUUUCAUGUCUACCCCCUUUUACGAGAGGCCUGGGUUCUACAGCGCUCCACAGACACCCAUCAGCUCCAUCCCCAUGAUUUUCCCUUCCCGGCGCCCAGGGCGCAAGAAGCCACCGGCGCUCUCCAGCAUUGCCGCAUGCUCCACUUCCCUUCGGGAUGUCAUUGUCAAUGCCUCCCCUUCCAGGGCCAGUGAUGUAGACAAGAGUCAGAGCUCCCUGGGCUCUGCUGCAAAGGAAACCUUUGUUUGGCCAACAGAGCGGAGUAAAGGCCCUGACUCCGUGGCCGUGACAGUAGAAGAAGGAAAGGGCAGCUCCAGGGAAGCUGCCACCACGGGAAGUCCAGGAGCGCAGUCCACAGCAUCCAACAGCCCCAAAUUCCCCUUCCUGCCAGAGCCCCCUGAGCAUGAGAAGCACGGCAGCUUCAAAAGCCUGAAGAGCUCCAAAGCCUCACGCCCACCCUGGCUAAACCUGGAGAGCACAGCCUCAGCCACUCCCAAUUCGGAGCAUUCCAGUGCCUUUCACACCCCCAGCAACAAAACCCCUGGAGGCAGCGCCUCCCUCUGCUUCUCCUUCACUCCCGUCACCUCUCCAGUGAUGGAAAGGUCCCACAAGGGCAACCUGGGCCCUGAGGCUCGCAGCCUGAGUCUGGAAGACGCAGCCGGUGCUCCAGAGCAGCACCCAGAGGUUUCCAGGAACAUGAGAGACACUGGGAAUGGAAACACCAACCCUCCAGCACCCAAAGAGCCCAGGAGAGCAGAGAGUCCAUCCCCCAACGACUCUGGAAUCUCCCUAGCUGAGGGUGACUAUGUGGGGCUGAUGGAGGUGAUCCUGGAGGCCAGUGAAAGCCCAGGGGAGGAGCAGAUGGAGCAGUACAGCUAA